GAUGAAAUUUAAUAACUCUUGCCUCCCUAACAUGUCCUUUAUGUACAUUGUUUAGGAAGUUUUCCUUUUUCUCAAAGUAAAGUGAAGAAAAAAAUCCAGUGUUUCUCAACUGUACUGCUAUUCCUAUUUAGCUAUUUUAUCUAGAAUAUCACAUACAUCCUAAAUUAAGAGAGAGAUAAAUUAAGGAACAAAGGAAAGAAUCCUUAAAUAGACCAACUCAUAUAUGGGAAAGUGAAUUUUUGGAAAACAAAGAAGACAUGGUCUUCUCCAUACAAUCAUGGAAAAUUUUUGCCACGUGCACAAAAGGAUCUUCGUAUAGUUUUAUACCAUAUACAAAAGAAUCCAAAAUAGGUCAUAGAUAUACAAGUUAAACCUUUAAAGUCUCUAGAGAAGAAUACAGGAGAAAAAUCUUCUGAUCUUGAAUUUGAAGAGAUGGGACAGCAAAAUAUGGUCCUCAAGUGAGUGAACUGGUAAAUAUAUUUCAUGUAUAUGUAUGUUAAAGUUUUAAGUUGUAUACCUGAAGUAUACACACUGUGCCAUAUUCUACACUUUGCAGGGGUCAGGAACACAGACCCUAAGAAUUCCUAGGUUACCACAUGGCCUUUGAAAGUAUCCUUUUUUUGAUCAUCUUGCAUAGCGAUUCAUUUUUCAUGUUUCACCUAAUGCUCUCUUCCUGCUCUGUCAUCUUGGGUAUGCCUUGUUAACUACUUACCUUGUAUGUCCUGAAUGUAGACGUGCAUAGAGUGCUGUAAUCUUACAGUUGAGGUUUCUUUUCAGGCUGAUCCUGGGACUGUGAGAUGGAGAGUGAAUACAGGGAAAUGCUGUUGUUGACCGGCCUGGACCACAUCACGGAGGAGGAACUGAAACGGUUCAAGUACUUUGCUUUGACUGAGUUUCAGAUUGCCAGGAGCACACUCGACGUUGCAGAUAGGACAGAGUUAGCUGACCACCUGAUUCAAAGUGCAGGUGCAGCAUCUGCAGUGACCAAGGCCAUUAAUAUUUUCCAGAAGUUGAAUUAUAUGCAUAUUGCAAAUGCUCUUGAAGAGAAAAAGAAAGAAGCUGAACGUAAAUUCAUGACCAAUACAAAGAAGAGAGGAACACAGAAGGUAGAAAAUAGAAGUCAAGCUGAAAACUGCUCUGCUGCCUCUGCCACCCACAGUGACAAUGACUUUAAGGAGCAGGCUGCUACAGAAGUCUGUCCUCAAGCUAAGCCUCAGAAGAAACAGAUGGUGGCAGAACAGGAAGCCAUCAGAGAAGAUUUACAGAAAGAUCCACUUGUAGUCACAGUGCUGAAAGCUAUAAAUCCCUUUGAGUGUGAGACUCAGGAAGGAAGACAAGAGAUAUUUCAUGCAACAGUGGCCACGGAGACAGAUUUUUUCUUUGUAAAAGUUUUAAAUGCACAGUUUAAAGAUAAAUUUAUCCCAAAGAGAACAAUUAAAAUAUCAAACUACCUUUGGCACAAUAACUUCAUGGAGGUCACCAGUUCCUCAGUUGUGGUUGAUGUUGAAUCUAACCAUGUAGUCCCAAAUAACGUUGUUAAGAGAGCCAAGGAAACUCCCAGGAUUAGUAAACUGAAGAUUCAGCCGUGUGGAACAAUUGUGAAUGGGCUGUUUAAAGUCCAGAAGAUAACAGAGGAAAAAGAUAGAGUACUAUAUGUUAUACAUGAUAAAACAGGGACAAUGGAGGUGUUGGUGCUGGAAAACCCAAGCAAAACAAAGUGCGAGGAAGGAGACAAGAUUAGACUCACAUUCUUUGAGGUGUCAAAAAAUGGAGUGAAAAUUCAGUUGAAAUCUGGACCUUGUAGCUUUUUUAAGGUUAUUAAGGCUGCAAAGCCAAAAACUGACAUGAAAAGUGUGGAGUGAAGUCAACUCAUUUGAAAAACCUUUUCCUGAAGAAUCCUGAUGCUGCUCCUUGAACCAGACUGAGCUACCUGAGGAUAGCAUUUUACAACCUCAUCAUCCUAUUGUAUUACUUAGAAAAGGACAAACACUCAAAAAACAUCUGAAAAAAUAUAUAAGCUUAUUAUUAAUUAAG